CUGCGACAUCACGUGCACACGGGUGCCCGUCACGGAGUCACCAUUCGUGGACAGUCGUACCAUGCAGCUUGUGACACAACGGGAGCGCGCAACGCCCAAAGAUGGGUCGUCCACCUUAGAAAUGCCAAUAACUGGGCGAUGGAUUUGAAGUUAAGUGAUCGUCAUAGACAUUUUUCACCAGCGUAACAUGUCGUUUGGAAACGUACCUGGAUCGGCACUGUUGCUGUUUCUGGCAGGUGUGUCAACCCUGACCGUCAGCUCAGGUGAGCCCAGAUUCACGUCCGUCCCGGGGAACAUUGUAGCCACCAUCGGAGAAGAUGUUGUCUUUUAUUGGGACGUCACUCACGAGCCCGAGCAAACAAUGCUUUUCAUCGCCUAUUCUACCAUUGAUGCCGGUUCUAUCAUGUAUGGGCGUAAUGAUGAUUUUACAGUCCUACCUCAAUACGAAGGCCGUGUAGAAAGAGUCGGACAAGUAGGACUUAGGCUACGUCAUGUCAAAGCGAGCGAUUCAGGAACAUACAAACUUCAUAUCCUUUUCCUCAACGACGUGGAGUUGGAAAACACGGCCAGUCUGGAUGUUAGAUAUCCCCCGACUGGUACUUUCAUACGUGUAGACCUAUCCCAGAAAACACGGAAAGAAGAAAACGUUAACCGUUUUAAGGUUGCAGCUAAAAAAGGGACAGUUCUGAAAUUGACGUGCGUAACAGACUCAAACCCUCCUGCUGAGUUCUCCUGGAUCAAACCUACCGGGGACAUUUCAGCUGUUAACAAGACAUCAGGUGUUCUCGUCAUUCCAAACGUCCGUGAAAACGACGCAGGGCUCUACAAUUGCAGGGCGAGGAACGGCAUCCAGCCAGAUGGAAUAGCAAGUAUCAACGUGACUGUUCAAAAUCCUCCGACGAUGACGACAACAUACAUCGUCUCUCCAAGGAGAGAGAUAAGAAAAGGUGACGAAGUCAGAAUCGGAUGUCGUGUUGGCGACGCUCGACCCCUUCCUCAAUUCCAAUGGACACGGAGCGACAGCAAGACAGAAGAACUUCCAGACACCGCAGUAGUAGACGAAGAGACGGGUCUCCUUACCAUCGCUAGCGUGAAGCUGGAAGACGCUGGUGUUUACCGUUGUGUCGCCGACAAUAACGUGAAACCCGCUGGAUUCGCCCUGAUCAUGUUAAACGUCUCAGCCGAACCCCUGAUUGGGCCUGUUGUCAACAGCACCAGAAGAUCAGGGGAAUGGAUUUUACCUUUGGCUGUAUCGCUGCCUUCAGUGGGAUUUUGCCUUGUUUGCAUCGCCGUUUUAGUCAAGCUGCAUGUGAGGGCAAAGAGCAGUGAGUGUCCCCGGCAGCGCAAUGAAUUAGAUGAAGAAGAACCAAGCGAGAACGACCCAAUAAUGUACCUCAGUCCAGAUCCUUCUGUUAUACUUUUAUCUGCGGCGACUGAAGAAGACCAAACGAUGAAUCCAAUUUUGCAGGAAUUCUGGGAUUGCCUUAUCAAAAUGGAUGCCGACCCUGUCCUGGUGUAUUUUCAAAAAGACCAGGUUUUGUCAGCCGACCACACCGCCGUGAUCCGCUCGGCACCGUUUGUUGUGAACAAGCUGUUAAGGACAAUCAACAUACUGGAAGGAGACAAGACUCCUCAUGUGCUCAGCAAGGCACUGAGGCACACCGAACAGAAUCAUCUUGCAGAUCUACUUGAAGGAAAAGUCCUCCCAGAUGCCAAGUGUUUAUCUGUGUUCAACGCCACGGACUCAACAUUCAGCAUCCGAUUCAAGCCAGCCUAUACCAACAUCCAACACUUCGGUGAUGUGGACAAGUAUGCCGUCACGCUUGAAAUAGCAGUCCUGGAGACUGAGACAAUCGCAACUCGCAUUUUGAGUGCAUCAGACAACCUACAGGCAGAGUUCACCAAUCUGGCGUCAGGAACGUCAUACAACGUCACCGUCGUCUGUGUGAGAGGCGAGACCAGGAGUGCCGGCGUAACCAUCACCGUCACGACAAUCGGUGGCUAUGAAGAACCGAGCAGUCUUUUGACAACAUUCAGCGAACAGAAAAGAUCCCAAAUUAGCCAGGUCCUCAUCUAUAAGGACAAAAUCACUCUCAUGGAAGCACUAGGAAAGGGAAAUUUUGGUGAAGUUCGUUACGGAGUCUACGUAACUCAGGAUAGGUGCGUGCCCUGUGCCGUGAAGACCCUAUUUGACACGGCAUCGUUCCCAGAAAUGAAAUCUCUCCUGUGGGAAGGACUUCGCAUGGUGAACUUUAAGCACGACAAUGUGUUACAACUCAUCGGCAUGUGUGUCCAUGGUAACGAAGCUAUGAUCGUUCUGCCAUACAUGAAGAAUGGAGAUCUGCACAAAUACCUAAGAGACAAACAGACACUGCCUCUGGAAGAUAACCUGCGACUUUGCUUGGAGAUCGCCCAUGGCAUGGCAUAUCUGGCAGCUCAGGAAAUUGUCCACAGAGACCUGGCUGCAAGAAAUUGCAUGUUGGAUCAUAAGAUGCAAGUGAAAGUAGCCGACUUUGGCCUUUGUCGGGACGUUCACGAAAAGGGCUACUACAGAAUACAGAACUGGGAGAAGUGCCACGGAUACCUCCCCUCACUACAGGUGAAGCUACCGUACAAGUGGAUGGCACCGGAGAGUCAUGAAGAAUACAUAUUUGACACAAAAACAGACGUGUGGUCCUAUGGUAUCGUCCUCUGGGAGAUCUUUUCCGGGGGAAAGACACCUUAUCCUGACGUGCCUAGCGCCCAUUUCAUAAGCUACCUGAGGGAAGGACACCGCAUGAGUCGGCCCAACAGGUGUCCCAUUAGAUUGUACAACGACGUUGUGAAACAAUGUUGGCAGAAAGACCCAACCAAGCGACCAUCCUUUAAAGAAAUCCUGGCAAGAGCAGAACAAAUUAGCAAAACCGUCAAGCAACGACAAGAGGCUGACGAUGUUUCCGUUAUGCAACAACGAAGCCCCAGUGAUUCACACUUCCAACAUUCAAACCGCAACUCUGACCCCGAAAAUAUGCCUGACCCUGGCAGUGGCCCUUGCCCUGACCUUGCCCCUUGCCCUAACAUUGGCCCUGGCCCUAACCCAAACCCAAACCCUGGCCCUCGCCCAAACCUUUGCCCUGGCCCUAACUCUAACCUUGGCCAUGACCCUGGCCCUAACCCUAGCCUUUGCCCGGACCCUUACCCUGAGCCUUGCCCUGGUCCUAAUCCUAACCCUGGCUAUAACCCUAACCAUGACCUUAAACCUAACCCUAGCUAUUGCCCUAGUCCAGUGGACCCUGGUCCUGCCGUUGACCGACCCUGGCCUUGGCGCUGGCGCUGGUCUUAACCAUAAACCCUGGCCGCAGCGCAAGCCCUAGGCCUAACCCUAACUCAGCCGAUCCAUCCUACUAGCGAUCAAAUGAUGAGGUUUACAGUACCAUCAGCAAUAGCCAAAAAGCUGAUUUGUCGCCAUUCCAAUAUCACAUGUGUGAUUGCGAAACAUAUAGGUUAUUUCAUACAUGACUUAUCUAUGACAAGAUGGAAGGAUGCCUACUACUAUCUAUGACAUUUAGAGAUCUUUCAAUCUGACGAAACAAUUGGCACCAGGGGAAGGGUACUGGUGUUUGAGAUUUCAACACUUGUAACAAAUCAAGGAGAAAGCAUAUCCUUCCGUCACACCAAAUAAAAUGUGCAAUACGGUGAAGGAUAGAAAGGCACAA